GUAGUAUCCGUGCGCCAGCCGAGAGCGCUGAGGAGACGGCGGCCAUUUUGUUCAGUGCUGGGUCUCCGCUGAGCCCGGCAGUCGAGGGGGGGGGGCGGGGGGGGGAAGAGAGAGAGGGAAGAAGGAGAGCGGGGAGGAGAGGAGGAAGGGGAAAAAACGAGACAGAACGAGGAGAAAAGCCGGGCCAGCCAAGCAGCGAGCGGAGGGAGGGGAGCUGCGGGGAGGGGUCCGCCCGGCCGCUGAGAGGCGAUGGCGGAUAUAGACAAGCUCAACAUCGACAGCAUCAUCCAACGGCUGCUGGAGGUGCGAGGAUCAAAACCAGGCAAAAAUGUCCAACUUCAAGAGAAUGAAAUUAGAGGACUGUGCUUAAAAUCCAGAGAAAUCUUUCUGAGUCAGCCUAUUCUACUAGAACUUGAAGCUCCACUGAAAAUAUGUGGUGACAUCCAUGGACAGUACUAUGACUUGCUUCGACUCUUUGAAUAUGGAGGUUUUCCACCAGAAAGUAACUACCUGUUCCUUGGUGAUUAUGUUGACAGAGGAAAACAGUCUUUAGAAACAAUUUGUCUUCUGUUGGCCUACAAAAUUAAAUACCCAGAGAAUUUUUUCCUCCUCAGAGGGAACCACGAAUGUGCCAGCAUCAACAGAAUUUAUGGGUUUUACGAUGAAUGUAAGAGAAGAUACAAUAUUAAGCUGUGGAAAACCUUCACAGACUGUUUUAACUGUUUACCAAUUGCAGCUAUUGUGGAUGAGAAAAUAUUCUGCUGUCAUGGGGGUUUGUCACCAGACCUUCAGUCAAUGGAACAGAUAAGACGAAUUAUGCGCCCCACUGAUGUACCAGAUCAAGGUCUGCUUUGUGAUCUCCUGUGGUCUGACCCUGACAAGGACGUCUUAGGGUGGGGUGAAAAUGAUAGAGGAGUGUCCUUCACGUUCGGCGCUGAAGUGGUUGCGAAGUUUCUCCAUAAACAUGAUUUGGAUCUCAUAUGUAGAGCUCAUCAGGUUGUUGAAGAUGGAUAUGAAUUUUUUGCAAAAAGGCAGUUGGUAACUCUCUUUUCUGCCCCAAAUUACUGUGGAGAAUUUGAUAAUGCGGGUGCCAUGAUGAGUGUGGAUGAAACUCUAAUGUGCUCUUUUCAGAUUUUGAAACCUGCAGAGAAAAAGAAGCCCAAUUCCAGCAGACCCGUAACGCCUCCCAGGGGUAUGAUCACAAAACAAGCAAAGAAAUAGUCACUUUGGCACUGCCUUGUUGGGACUUGUAUUAUAGUAUAUAAUCUCCAUUUUUAAAACUGUAAUGUGUACUGUUCAGCUUGCUCAAAAUAGAUAAUGUGUUUGUGGUUUUCCUUUUGAUUUGAUGAAUGGCAUUUGCUGGUUGUAACAGCAAAUGAAAGACUUUUCUCCCUCCCAGGAAAAGAGUUUUAAACUUUCCUUUCGUUGGUGUUACAGCUGUACACUCCACAGCAUCGUACCCCGUCCUUGUGGGUAAUUGUACAACUGACUUUCCGGAUCUGGACAAUGAGUAGUGUAAAUGCUUGUUUUCUUCUUUAGGAUCUAAAGAGGGCACUGGUGUGCUGUGAGAGUAGAGAUCUGUUACUGUCAGAAAUUACAUACUGUUUAUACAAACCACUGUGAACUUUUUUUACGUUAAAUUUUAUUUUAAAGGGAUUGCUUUUCUUUUAAUGUCUUGUCACGUACACGUUAGUUUUAUUGCUGUCAACAUUAGAAAUAACCUUCAACCUUGCCAGCAUCACUGGUAUGAUGUAUAUUUAAUUCAGACACACAUCCCUCUCCGUAUACUUCAAAUGACAAUUAAAGCCAUUAUUUUAAGUGUUUGUGUCUCUUUCCUGAAGCCAAAGUUUGCUUAGAAAACCGUUUGUACAUGACCCACCACCCUGAGUUGGCAGAGCUUUCCAUUCACGCCUUCCUCCUGCAGAUAAGAGGAAGUCCUGACUUGAAAUAGCGAGUAGAACUGCUGUGCUGUUUGUUCUAUUCCUGGUCAAAGUAAACACAGUUUUGGACAGUUUCCGUAUGGUCGAUCGAGUGGACCGUUUCAUGGUGGCGUCAGUCCUGUGGCAGCCCAGGACAAAGCUGGAAGUUACAGAAAUGGUUCUAGAUCUUCCUGAAUGGUUUUGUGCAUUUUAGCCUAAAGACUUUGUUCUACAAAGAAGCCUAGAAACUAGCUUGAUAAGCCAACCGGAGGUGAUCUUGAUCACCGGUUUAUAUAAAUCUCUCACAGAAUCUUGUUUUUUAAAAACUGUUAAUCUUUUUUGAACAGAUAACAGUGUACAAUACCAUGUAGUGAAAAUCACUUAUUAAAUGAAGAAAUUGUUAAAUCUUCUCAGUGUCAGUUUAUCACAACAUAUACACUACUGCUAGCAGAGGACCUGACUUAGAGAAAUAAAUUGUUCUGGAAACCCA